ACCGGGCGGGAGGGGCGGCGGCGGCACCCCGGUCCUCUGAGGUGACACCGAUGCCUGUCACCACGUCCCGGGGACACUGCAGGUGCCUCGAGAAGAACUGGGGGGGCCUGGAGCUCCCACACCAGGACGGGACACAAGCCACCGACCUGGAGCGGGGCACCCACGCGUGUGCACGGAUCCCAUGGGACUCGCAGCGCGCCCAGGGCUGGGACCUCGUGCAAGACCUGGGAGACCCCAGGUGCUCCCUGUCCUUCCUGAGUGAGGACAUCACCGAGGACAUCGCCGGUCCCCUGAGCAGCACCCGCAGGUCCCUGCAGGAGGAGCUGGACCUGGGGGGCGACUGCAGUCUGGGGGAUCCCCUGCCCCUCUCCGUCGCUUCCCGUGCCCCAUGGCCCCAUGCGGACCCUGGGGGCUCAGCGGUAUCCCCGCAGCCCCUCGCCUCCAGCACACUGCUUGCGACUGGGGAUGUGCUUUCAGAGGGACCCCAGAGACAGAUUGUGGGAGGAAGGAGAAGAGGUCCCCCCUGGGGUCUCCCUCGUCCCUCUCCCCAGCAGUCGUUUGGUCCCAGAGGGUCCCCGAGGCCCCCCCAGCCUCAGUGCUGCCGCAGAGUCUGGGGGGGACACGAGGCAUCCCCCCAGGCUCCCCUGCUCCGUGGUGGCUGUGGUCCCAGGGACGGUGACGUCCCGGGUGCCAGAGCUCGGCUCCAUGCCGGUGCCCCCCAGGGACCCUCCGUGGGCUGGGCAGGGCUGGGGGUCCCAGUCCUGGCUGUCCCCACCCCGGGAUCUGGGGUUCGGGACACCAGCAGCGCUGGGGACACCAGCGGCACCAGCGAGUGCUUCUUCAGCGCCCUGGAGACCCUGGAGCCCAGCGAGGCCGGGGGGUGCCAGGGGGCUCAGCACCCCCGCUCCCCCCAGCCCAGGGCAGUUGUGGGGCCGGAGCUCGGUGAAGCCCCCUCCCCGCCUGGAGCUGCUGCCCUGGCGCUGCCCCCCGACAGCCCCCCCAGCGCAGAGCGGGUGCAGAGGGGGGGUUUGCGGGGGGGCUCCAGGGCAGCCCCUUGCUCCGAGGAUGAAUUGGGGGUGAGUGGUGUUGGGGGGCUGCUCGUGCAGCUCAAGGGGUGCAGCCUCCGGGAGACCCCACCCCACACUGCAGAGCCUCCUUCCAGCCUGGCCAUCAUCGCCGCUGGUGAUGUCCCCCCCGAGGGGCCGGAGCCCCCCAGGUACCUCCAUGUCACCCCCAGGACCAAGAGGCGCCUCCAGGCCUCCGCAGCUCGGCUCGGUGUCUCCUCAUCCUCCUCCCUCUUCGAGGAGACACUGGAGAUGCCGCGGAGGCCCCCCAGGGUCAGAGCACCCUGGGGUGUCCCCAGGGACCCUCCCACUGCCGUGGGGCUCUGCAUUGCCUCGGGGGGCGAGGAGGUGGCUAGUGGGGAUGGAGAGGGGACAGGCUCUAUGGAUGACACCGAGAUCCUCCCUGGAGACCCCAACCAGCCCAGCUCCCCACGGGCGACCAGCAGCUCCCCUGGCUCCAGCCCCACCAUCCUGCUGGUCCCUGGGGACCAUGGCCACCCCCAGGACAUCCCAUCCGAUGGUCAGGGCUCCAGCCCCACCAUCCUGCUGGUCCCUGGGGACCAUGGCCACCCCCAGGACAUCCCAUCCAAUGCUCGGGGCUCCAGCCCCACCGUCCUGCUGGUCCCUGGGGACCAUGGCCACCCCCAGGACAUCCCAUCCGAUGGUCAGGGCUCCAGCCCCACUGUCCUGCUGGUCCCUGGGGACCAUGGCCACCCCCAGGACAUCCCAUCCGAUGGUCAGGGCUCCAGCCCCACCAUCCUGCUGGUCCCUGGGGACCAUGGCCACCCCCAGGACAUCCCAUCCAAUGCUCAGGGCUCCAGCCCCACCGUCCUGCUGGUCCCUGGGGACCAUGGCCACCCCCAGGACAUCCCAUCCGAUGCUCGGGGCUCCAGCCCCACCGUCCUGCUGGUCCCUGGGGACCAUGGCCACCCCCAGGACAUCCCAUCCAAUGCUCAGGGCUCCAGCCCCACCAUCCUGCUGGUCCCUGGGGACCAUGGCCACCCCCAGGACAUCCCAUCCGAUGCUCAGGGCUCCAGCCCCACCAUCCUGCUGGUCCCUGGGGACCAUGGCCACCCCCAGGACAUCCCAUCCAAUGCUCGGGGCUCCAGCCCCACCAUCCUGCUGGUCCAUGGGGACCGUGGCCAUCCCCAGGACAUCCCAUCCAACGCUCGGGGCUGCCCCCGUGGCACUGGCAGCCACAGUCCCAGGCUGCUGGAGGAUGUUUCCUGGUGGCAGGACCCCUCGCCCUUGGGGACACGCCUUGGCCACCUCCUGGCCCCACGGCCACCACGUAGCCCUGUGGUGGAGCCAGGUAGCCCGGCCACGCUGUCCUCGCCCAUGGGCCACGGCACCCACCGUGCUGGGGAGCAGCUGCAGGACGAGGAGCAGGGACCGGCACCCACGGAGCCGCACAGCCCUGGCACAGAAGCCACCGCCAGCCCGGAGGACACCACGGUGGAGGACAGCCGAGCGUGCCCGGCACGGCCACGGCCACUCUCAGACGAGGGUCUGCGCCGGCGGCUGCGGGCGCUGGGCGAUGACCCAGGACCCAUCACAGACCUGACCAGGCGGCUCUACCUGUGGCGACUGGAGAAGCUGGUGAGGAGACGCCAGAGGACAGCAGGAGGACACAGCCCUGAGCUGGUGGCUGCGCUGCGGAGCGGCCGCAUCCCCGACUGCGCCCAGGACGAGCUGGUGCUGGCCCAGCAGUUUGACCACCCUGACCGGAACCGGCACUGGCGGGAAGGGUUGGUCAAGUCCAGCUUCAACUACCUCCUCCUCGACCCCAGCUGUGUCUGCACCCGCAGGACCACCCAGAACCUGCCGCUCCGCUCCCACCGCCUGAGCUCAGCCGAGUGCUUCAGGACCUUCAUCAAAGCCAUCUUCUACGUGGGCAAGGGGACGCGUGCCCGGCCCUACUGCCACCUCGCUGAGGCUCUGAGCCAGCACCGUGCUGGAAAGCAGGAGGGCUGCCCCAAGGUGCGGCGCAUCCUGGAGAUCUGGGCGAGCGGGCAGGGCGUCAUCUCCGUGCACUGCUUCCAGAACACCAUCCCGGCGGAGGCUUACACGCGGGAGAGCUGCCUGGUGGAGGCUCUGGGGCUGUGGGCCAUCACCAACCAGCGGAAGGGCAACUGCUACGGCGCGGUGGCGAGCUGGCCGGCAGAGCAGCGCCGGCGCCUGGGCGUUCACAUGCUGCACAGGGUCAUGCGCAUCUUCCUGGCCGAGGGCGAGCGGCAGCUCCGUCCGUCUGACAUCCAGGGUGGGCGCUGAGCCCCCCGGGGUGCGAGCGGGCACCCCUGCCCUCUCCCCUCUGCCCUCUCCGAGGAGGUGGCUGCGCUCUGGUUACGGGUUUUAAGUCUUGAACGCUGGAGA